AUGAAAGCUGUUACGACCUAUCGCUCUUUGGCUGGACUUCACGUUUCGCCUGGAUCGAGGCUCUUCUCGUGCAUGAAUGUACUGUCAAAACGCGCCCCAAAUCAGACUUCAAACGCCGAAGUUCAUGGCUACAAAUCUAAGAGCUUUAGAAGGUUCCUACAGACUAACCAUUCGCAACGCUCGCUGGACAGCGCUGGGCCAGAAAGAUGGAGUUUUAACUUCAAUACAGGUAAGGGUUCCAAUCAGGCUAUCCAAGAGGAAGGCCACGCAUCGACAGGAGGUGCCAAUACCAAAUCCGCCAAAUGGUCCACUUAUUCUAUGCCCUCGAAAGAAACGCUUUCACAGCAACAGGAGCAGGCUGACAAACAGAAUGAAGCCGCUCAAAAACUGGCGUCUCAAGCCCAAACACAAGAACCACAACCAGCGAAAAAGCAGAAGAGAAAGCUGAGGCCUCGCAAAGCGUUGAUCUCCCUCACUCCUAACGCCCUCAAACAUUUAAAUAUGCUACUGAACCAGCCCGAGCCGAAGCUAAUAAGAAUCGGUGUUAAGAAUCGCGGAUGUUCCGGAUUGACAUAUGAUUUAGAGUUUAUCUCGACGCCUGGCAAGUUUGAUGAGGUUGUCGAGCAAGAUGGUGUUAAGAUAAUAAUAGACUCUAAGGCAUUGUUUAGCAUUGUGGGUAGUGAAAUGGACUGGAUUGACGAUAGACUUUCGUCCAGGUUCGUGUUUAAGAAUCCAAAUUCAAAGGGUACUUGCGGUUGUGGAGAGAGUUUCAUGGUUUGA